AUGAUAGUUAGCGGUUUUCAACAUCAAGUUGGUGGACAUUUUGGUUUAUUUGUCUGUGGUGGGCAUGUUUGUAAACCUUUCAAUGAUCGUGAAUAUGAUUUUUAUCGGCAAAUCGAUGAUCGUUUCGCACCAUAUACAACGCAAUGUUGUGGUUGUAUAAGUAUAAUCGUACAAAAAUAUACAAAAAAUGCAUUGGUGCUAAAUGCUGAUAAAGAAAUAACGUGCCAUACCCAUAGCUUAUCACGUGAUAAAAUCACUUUUUAUAUUGCUGAGAACGAUCAUGUGGACUCGGAUUUUUGCGAUAAUAAUUGGGCUAAACAGUGUCAAUGUAACGCUGUACAAAUGAUGAUCAAACAUGGUCAUGAAAAGUUUUUAUUAUUGGUUAAUAUAGUCGAUGAAUAUAUUUGCCCAUCGAUAAUCGAUCUCAAAAUGGGAACACGACAAUAUGGUGACGAUGCAAGCGAUGAAAAACGCGCAAUGCAAACCAUAAAAUGUCGUGAAUCAACGAGCGCUGAAACUGGUAUUCGUUUAGUUGGAAUGCAAUUGUAUAAUCCGGAAUUGAAUAAUUAUUUAUACAUGAAUAAAUACGAGGGCCGUGCGAUGGAUCGUGGUGGACUUUCGGAUGCUUUAGCAUCAUUUUUUAAAAGUGCCGGAAGAAUACGAUGUAUGAUUCUUCUCAAUAAAUUAACCGCACUUACAAAGGUGGUGGAAAAUGCGGAAGGAUUUCGAUUCUUUUCAAGUUCACUUCUUGUAGCAUUUGAUGGUAAAACAAAAACGACUAAUAUUGAUCUCAGCGACUCGAUUGAUAUUCGUAUGAUCGAUUUUGCGCAUUCCACAUUUAAUGGUUUUCUUAACGAUAAACGAUACUCUGGACCAGAUAAAGGUUAUCUCCUUGGACUAAAUUCACUUACUCGCAUUGUUACCGAUAUUCUUAUGAAAUUUUAA